AUUGCAACGCGUCUCAACACGGGGGAUGCGCGGUUCGACAGGGAUGCAGUCUCCCGCAUGGGCCCACGAAAGCGGCGAUGGAUCUCCCAUGAUCUACAGGUGAGGUGCCACUUGGAGUGUCCCAGUGCCAAACUAAGCGUCUCUCUCUUUCGUUCCUUGCUUAUUUAGGAGAAUCCCUGUGGAGCCGCGUAGCAGCCCCUUGCCGUCGUACGGCACCCUCCUCGUUCGGUUCUACCACCACAACCACUCGCUGCUCAAGGUCUGCCGGGCCCUCUUCCAUCUCGCAACUGAGGACCCCGCCACUUUUGCCAAGCAGUAUGUGCACAGCCUGCGGACACUGAAGCCCCUCAUACGACUCGCACUCACUUCAUACACUGAACUCACCAGGUAGCUAGGGGCAAAAAAAGGGGAGAGAGCCCACGCAUAUUGGUCUCUGCACUGUCUGUCGCACGACUGUCUGUCGUACGAAGAUCGCUUUCGUACGACUACUCGCCUGCCGAGGUCCCGCCGGCGCUGCCAGCCAGGAAUGGGCGGGACUUCCCUCCUGAGGACUGCGAUGAGUUCGGUCAGCCAUCGAGCGACGGCAAUACAAAUGUGAAUCGACUGCAUUCUGUUUGUGUCUCCGUGUAUGCAGGGGUCACGGCUCUGCAUUACCUCGUGGGUUGUGGUUGUGUCGACGGUUGUCGUGAGAUACUUGUGGGGGGCGACCCGAUGCAGCUUUGCCACCGGCAGGACCGGAGGGGAAGAACACCGCUACACUGGGCGGCAAUCAAGGGUAGGCUGCGGUGCGGUGCGAGGAUGGGUCUUUCUAUGUGAUCUGUCUUUGUGGGCUCUGAUUGAUUAAGGGUAUCCGAAGCUGUGCGACUUGCUGAUAAUGCACGGAAGCGAUGCGCACACCCGUGACCAAGAUCGCUACACGCCUCUGCACCACGCCUGCUCGGAGGGUGCCAGACAGGUGAGUAAGUCUGUGAAGUCAGCCUGCCUCUGUGCAUACGUCACGUGUGCAGGUGGCUUUGCUGCUGUUGUCCGCCCGGGCGGAUCCGAGUGCCCCGGGAAGGGCUAACAAAACACCUUUGAUGAAGGCCAGUACAUCUGGUAAGCGACAAAUCUCACUGAUUAAUUUGAUGGAGGAAGAGACACAAUGGCACCGUCUGUCUGUCUGUCUGAUUGUCUGUCUGUCUCCCUGUAUCAGGUCAUCUUGAUAUUUGUCGGCUGCUCAUUCAUGCAAGUAAGUGCCCCGCUCCCGCACUCCUUUCAUCGCGGCCAUCCGCAAGGUGGUUUUUCGCUUGCUUUGUGCUGUGUGGUGAAUAAGGGAGCAAUGCCGAGGCCGUAACGCAGCGAGGCAGGUGGGUUUUACAGCACACGCACACAAGUACGCUGACUGAUUCGUGUCUGUGUUCAGGAAUGCGCUGCACCUGGCUGCCAUGGCCGGCCGUGCCGAGGUCUGUGAGUAUCUGGCCACACAUUUCCCACAGUGCCUCCACCAGAGAGACGGGGACGGCGAAACGUACGUGAAUGAAUGAGCAGUAGACAUAAAAACAGAGACACUUGGUGUGCUCACGUAUUUGUCGCUGCAGCCCCCUUGACCUUGCCAUUGCGUCAAAACGCGUCGCUUCCUCAAAUGUAAGCAGGCAGAGCCAGUAGUGCGCAAUGCAACCCAAGUUUGAUUGACUAAUCCGGCUUUCUCUCUAAUCGGCAGGUUCUUCGCAAGGCCGUCAUGCUGUGAGGGAGGACACACACAUACCUUCCUUCCCCAAGCUUGUUCUUCCCGUGUAUGGUGGUGCAUCCAUCGCUCCCUCCUUGUCUGUCUGCAGUCACAAGUACGCGCGGUUGACAGGCCAGAGGCCGCCUGCGGUGCUGGCCAGCAACGACGCGAGAGUGUGUCGCCCUUUGGUGACCGAUGCAACGUCCCAGGUGAGAGAUGAGAUGAAGGGAAGGAGGAGCUUGGAAGGAAACUUCUAUCCUCACUUCCAUGUCUAGGAAGUGAGGAUGGCUGCAUGGGUUGUCGACCCGGUACGUUGGUUUAUUUUGAAUUAAGGCACUCACUGGGUGCCGGGUUGCUCUCCUUUUGUCCAUUGGUUGUAUGUGUUGGCGAUGCAUCCAGUGCUCUGCGGUGUGUUCGUAUGUGGUGUUGGUACAAGACGUCAAGAAGCCCUCCAGUCGGUCUUACAAAGUGUAGGUUGGUUCGCAACACCGCACCCCCCCUCUGUCUUACUCACUCCUUUCCCUCGUGCAGGUACUUCGAGCGCAAUUCAUCACAGCUGGCCUACGAUCAGGUCGAAUUCAGCAUCACGCCAUACAGGUGCGUACGUGACGUGCGAUGUGUCCACCCCGACAGACACAAGCCAUAUAUACCACAUUCGUGUCUCUGUCUGUUCUCCAUGCGUCUCACUCAAACCACACCACACGUGUGCUCAUGGCAUGCAGGCCUGACAGCGCCCCUCUGUUCGGCCCCCAUCUCCACCCUGUUCAGCCCCUCUUCUUCCAGGGCCGCACCUACUCGUUCCGCCUUCUGGCCAUAUUUGACCCAAACAGCUCAUGGGCGAAUGGUAAGUCAGUCACACAAACCCGUGUCGCCAUGCUGUAUGCUUGGCCUGGGUGGCAUUGCAGAUCAGUGUCUCGUGCACAAACAGCCGGAGGGAGCGCCGUGCACUGGUGAGGCCCCCUCCUGGCCAACAUACCGACCUCACUCGUGUGAGGUCCUGGACAAGUGCCAAGAGAGCAUCAGCGUCCCCCGACAGCGGCCAUCGUCCCCGUCGCCCUACCGCUUCACUGAGAUUGAGGCGGAUGGGACGGGGGCGGGGCAGAGAGAGAAUGGGGAGAGGGAGGAGAGACAAGUGAUGGUGGAGUGUGAUGGGGAGAGUCGGUAUUGGUAUGACAGCGGGGGCAGGCUCGCCGGCGUGUUCUCGCCGUGGAGUGCGCCGGUCACCAUUGAGUGACUGACACACGACUGAUGGAUGGAUGGAGUGCGGAGCGAUGGAUGGAUGGAUGGAUGGAUGGAUGCGACAG